AUUUCCAGGCGCGACCUGAAGCGAUUUUACAUAGGUCGACAGUGAGGGUGGGAGGGAGAGUUCGCCUCAUGACGCCCGUUCUGACAUCACUUGCGCUGGCGGAGCAAAGCGGACGGGUGCGUUGAUAUAGCCAAGGCGCCUCUCGAUCACUUUACGCUCAAACGCUGCUAUCUGGAUGAAGGAGGAGGAGGCGAGGCGGCAGAACUGAACGAGGGAGAAAGCUGCGCAAAGACAGACCCAGCAAGAGCUGCGGAACGCACAGAACGCACAGAAGCAUGACUGAGGCAGUAUCUGCGCAUGGAUAUAUCCAAGCCCAUCCAUCAGCUUUGUACUGCUGCUGAGCCCCCCGACAAAAUGGGACUGUGCCUAAAGUGGAAUGUUGUUACACGCAACCAGGGACCGACUUCAUAAACAUAUGUUGGAAAACAACGCAACAAAAUCUCCCAGGGCUGAUUUGUUUGCCAGACCAAGAUCACCAAACGCUGCGCGCCUUUUGCUGUGGUCAACUGCCGUUUCCCCCGAGGAGCAUAGGGGACAACAUUCGUAUCUUCAGCUCUGAGUUGGAAAGUUAGGCAGGCGAUCGUGUGUGGAGCUCAAAUUGGCUCUGUGCCGUUUUCUGCAGAGGGGCCCCAGGAGGAUGAUAUUUAAAGCAGUGCGCUCCGUGGAGGAUUAGACGACACAUCUGGUUGAUAGCCUAGUUUUGAAAAUCCCAAAAUGUCCAGUUAGUUAUAACUUGAAUAUAUUUGUGUGUCUACAAAUGCUGACAUUGCUUUCUGUAUUUUUUUAACACUAACAAGUGUAAGAAACUUUAAUAAUUUCUCUUGGCGGUUAAGGAACAAAGUGCGUGGAGAGAUUGCGGACGCCUUUGCUGUGUAUUUAGCUAAUGUUGCAUUACGUAAUUUUAGAAAUACUACAUAUUUUUGACACAGCAGCAUCUUAAACUAAUCUUUAUUUUCAAGCACUCCAUGAACGGAAACACAAUUUGAUCUGGUUUGUCAAGCCAGUUUAAGUUGACGCAUGAGUGACUGUUCCAUCAACAGGGCGCAUAGGGCAGUGCAACGGAAAAUGUAAUUGUGCUCCGAUCUCACUGGUGCACCAUCUUAAUCAAACGCCAUCGAUCCGUAUCUUGACGCUCUGCUGGAGUUUAUUUGGGCAUCUGGAUGUUAAGAAUAAGUGCAGGGAAGGAGAGAAGCAAAGGAGAAAAGAAUGUUCUGUUAGAAGGAGAUAUGAAACGAUUCAGAAAAUAAUAUUCUAAAUCUACUGAAAAGUUUAGAUAUGCUGUCAUCAACUCAUACAUAGCCGAUUUUUGAUUCUUUGUUUUUGAGAACUUCUAUUCUAUUUAGAACUAUUUAGAAAGAAAAAUAAGCUCACAUUACAAAAUAUCCCAUACUGACAGUAAAAAAAAAAAAAAAAAAAAACGAAUUUCGGAAGGGAAUUCUUUCUCCUGGGAGUAUCGCGCAGAUACAGCAUGGCAUCCGUGUUGGACAGUGCGUGUUCGCCGGCCCUGAGCAUGACAGGGAGGAAUGGCAGCAGUAGCGGCGGCACCUCAUCUCCCACCUGCAACCAGAGCAUGCUCAAACUGGCCCCUUACUCCCCGGAGGCCACGGCCGUGUUCGCCACGGCCAUCACGCUGAUGGUUCUCUUCACCAUCGUGGGCAACAUCCUGGUGAUCAUCGCAGUGUUGACGAGCCGUUCGCUGCGCGGCCCACAGAACCUCUUCCUUGUGUCUCUGGCUGCAGCAGACAUUCUGGUGGCCACGCUGAUCAUCCCGUUCUCGCUGGCCAACGAGCUUAUGGGCUACUGGUACUUCCGCUCGGUGUGGUGCGAGAUCUACCUGGCACUGGAUGUGCUCUUCUGCACCUCCUCCAUCGUGCACCUGUGCGCCAUCAGCCUGGACCGCUACCUGUCCAUCUCCCGCGCCCUCACCUAUGGCGCCAAGCGCACGCCACGCCGAAUCAAGGCGGCCAUCUUGGUGGUGUGGCUGAUCUCCGCCGUCAUCUCUUUCCCGCCGCUGCUCUCCAUGAACAAGAAGGGCGGUGACGGCGAGAGCCGGGGGCCGCAGUGCCAACUGAACGAUGAGCGCUGGUACAUCCUCUACUCCACCAUCGGCUCCUUCUUCGCCCCCUGCCUCAUCAUGAUCCUGGUCUACAUGCGCAUCUACGGGAUCGCCAAGCAGCGCACGCGGUGCCCACCAGGGGAGCCGCGCAAGGAGGCGCCCACACCGCAGACAAAGACCCGCGCCCAGCAUCAGCCCAACGGCAGAGGCAGCGCUGACAUAGGCACACCCGGCACCCAACACAAGCUGGCAGGAAAUGCCACUCCCAGGCCACACCACCUGGCUGUGCCCCAGACGCCCUCCCCGCACGUGGGCAAGCGGCAGCAGCCCACUACCCCCUCCGCUAAUAACCUGCUCCAGCCUCCUUCGCCCUGUCCAGCUCUCACGCCCACCACCCCUUCCACUACCCUGGGCCAGACGCCAACACUGUCCCCUUCUCUGUCCUCCUCCACCCAGCAGCAGCAGCCUGACAGCACCCCUGUCAAGCCCAGUGAGGUGGCGGUGGUGGUGCCGGUGAAUGAGAAGAAAGCCAAGCGUCUGGAGAAGAGAGCCGACAACAACAACGGUGACACCUCCAGCUCUGACUCCGACACCGAGCCCGGUGGAGCUGGUGGGUGUGAGCUGGAGGACAACCGGUCCCCCAGCAUGGCGGGCACUCCUAGUGCGGGCAUCCACUCACCCGCCACCAUCCAGAAGUACAGGGACAUGAUUGCCACGGCCAAAGGCGCCAAGCUUGCAGCCAGGAAGUCCAAGCAGGAGGGCACGCCCAACUCGGCGCGCCGCAAGGCCAUGGUGAACCGCGAGAAGCGCUUCACCUUUGUGCUGGCCGUGGUGAUCGGCGUAUUCGUGGUCUGCUGGUUCCCCUUCUUCUUCUCCUACAGCCUGCAGGCCAUCUGCCCCGAGACCUGUGUCCUCCCCGAGCCCCUGUUCAAGUUCUUCUUCUGGAUCGGCUACUGCAACAGCUGCCUCAACCCCGUCAUCUACACCAUCUUCAACAAGGACUUCCGCAGAGCCUUCAAGAAGAUCCUGUGCUCCAACACCAAGGGCACUUUCUUCUAAAGUUGGUCAGGCAUCUCAACGAGUCAUGCUUUCCCCACUGACAAACAAACAAAAACAAAAAAGCAAUUGGACAAUACAUUUUGUAAAAUAUAACAGACAUAACUGGCAGAUGAAUACAUACAGAACACCUAAAAGCCUUGAGGUUAAAAAAAAGACAACCUAUACACUCUGUAGAGAUGAACAGGUACACAAUUCAUAUGAUAAACUGACUUGACUUUUCUCAUGAAGUGGCAGUGACGAUUUACUCGGACUGUCUUUUAGCUGAGGUGGCUUUGGAAUGCAAUAAAGAGAGGCUGUUUUUUCUCCAUCAGCACUGGCAGAGAACAAAGCACAUGUAUAGGGUCAAAUGAGGAGAAUGCUUUUAGUUGUUGAAAAGAAGAAUGGCACAUACCGGUGAGUUGAGGAUGAG